CCGCACUUGUCUGAAUUUCACAUGAGCGAACAAUUCCGUCCGAUCCUGCAAAAGUACAUAGUACCGGUCCCAGGGGCCAAAGACCGCGAGGUGUCAAAUCUUCUUGUUUGGAUAUUCCGAGUUGGCUGUGUCUACUUUGAUCGAAUAGCCCGUGUUCGCAGGUAGUCUUUGAGGUAGCGGUUCCAGAAUUUCUGGGUCAGAACUUGAGAUUUCAAGGAACCACCUACCAAACUAGCAAGUAGCGAACGGUUGGGUGGCCAUGAAGGUCACUGUUAAAAGCUGCUGGUGAGUUACCAAAAGUGAUUGACUGGUAAGCAGGGUAGCUGUUGACUGCUGUCCGGUUCAAACACUGGGGCUCAGAAUUUGCUGAUGAAGUUGGGUGUCCGUAUGUUGGAUGGUUGAAUCCAUAUGAAUGGUGUUGAGGCAAAUUGUUGAUCGAAUGGGGCUGAAAGUUUGUCGUGACUUGGCUGAAUUGCUGUUCUGUUGUCGAAGUGUUUAUUGCAGAGGGAUCAUGUAGAGUAGACCCAUAAUCUGGUUGCGGUCCAAAAGUUAUUGGUAGUUGAACUGUUGUCUUAGCUGCUCAUGGCAUGCACACUACUCUCUUAUUCAACUAAUGAUUGAAAACUGGUUUCGCUAUCCACAUGUGAAUGGUUUGAUUAAUGAUUUUUAGGACGAGCUCAGAAAUCAGUGUUGUCAUCCGAAAAGCGUCAAUGGGUUUUUUGAAAAUACCCCUCCCCCUCGUGAAAAUCCUGUAUAAUCCCUGAUCCAACUUCUAUCUGCAAAAUAAGUCGACUAAAUUGGAUCUAGAGUUUCAAUUGUGCGAUAUUUUAUUUUACGCAUCCUCCAAAUCUGAAUAGCCGCCAUUAAACCACAAAAUGAUAUUUAAAAUAUUACAUGUUGGGUAACUAAGAUGUUGUGAAUUAUUACUAAACUAUAGUGAGAAAUUUUGAAGAUGUGAGAAAAUGGCAUGUCAGCGAUAUGCACAUUUACUGCAUUCUCGAUUGGCGAGCUCAAGUGUGGAUUAUUUAACGAAGGUCCAAGUCCAUAAUAAUGACAAGACUGCGGUGUUAACACUGGGAAGAGCGGUAGCGAAGAAUGCAAUCAACAGGCAAAUGGUGGAAUCACUUGAGCGCUGCUUGAAAGAACUGGCAAAGAAAAGGUCCCUAACUUCGCUGAUUGUUCGCAGUGAAGUGCCUGGAGUAUUCUGUGCGGGAGCAGACUUGAAAGAAAGGGCAAACAUGCCUGAAUCUGAAGUGUGGUUGUUUCCGGUGGCCGUGUUUGUUGCCAAAAUCAGAGCCCUCCUUUUGCUGCUCUACCACUUCCCCGUGCCCACUCUGGCAGCUAUAGAUGGAGUGGCCCUGGGAGGGGGUCUGGAAUUGGGACUGUGCUGCGACCUCAGAGUGGCAUCUAUCCAGUCUAAACUUGGGCUGGUAGAGACCAAACUCGGAAUCAUUCCCGGCGGUGGAGGCACCCAAACUCUGCCCAGAGUAGUCGGACUGACUAAAGCUAAGGAGCUCAUAUUCACUGGACGAAUUGUAACUGGAACGGAGGCUAAGGAGAUGGGUCUGGUGGAUUACGUGGUUGACAGUGACCAAGUAGAUGCCACUGCACUUUCCCUCUCUCAGCAGAUGGGGCUGAGGGGACCUGUUGCACUGCGGAUGGCCAAGCGUGCAAUCAACCAGUCAGCCCAAGGCCCCAUAGAGCAAGGGAUGAAGAUAGAACAGGAGUGUUAUGCUCAGGCUAAGGAGCUCAUAUUCACUGGACGAAUUGUAACUGCAACGGAGGCUAAGGAGAUGGGUCUGGUGGAUUACGUGGUUGACAGUGACCAAGUAGAUGCCACUGCACUUUCCCUCUCUCAGCAGAUGGGGCUGAGGGGACCUGUUGCACUGCGGAUGGCCAAGCGUGCAAUCAACCAGUCAGCCCAAGGCCCCAUAGAGCAAGGGAUGAAGAUAGAACAGGAGUAUUAUGCUCAGGUGAUACCGACAAAAGACCGCCUGGAGGGACUUCAAGCAUUUCGAGAGAAAAGGAACCCCGUUUUUAUUGGAGAAUAGAAUAAAUCAAUCAAUAAUUAACUUAUUUUAUUG